AUGGACACGUUCUUCAUCUCGCACGGGUCGCCGACGCUGUCGAUCGACGAGAGCCUGCCGGCGAGGCAUUUCCUCCAGUCAUGGCGGGCGAAGACGUUGCAGACGGCGCCCAAGGCCAUCCUCGUCGUCUCCGCUCACUGGGACACCUCCUCCCCCGUCGUCAACGCCGUCGACCGUAACGACACCAUCUACGACUUCUACGGCUUCCCCAAGCCCAUGUACCAGGUUCUCUCCCCCCCUCCCCCUCUCCCCCCUCUUCUAACUUGCCUUCCAAGAACCGCCAUUUCUCCCCCUUCCUCCCCUUCUCAUAAUUCUUCUGAUGGGCAGCUGAAGUACCCGGCACCGGGGGCGCCGGAGCUGGCGCGGAGGGUGUGCGAGCUGCUCGCGGGCGCCGGCUUCGGCGCCACGGAGGUGGACCGGCGGCGCGGCCUCGACCACGGCGCGUGGGUGCCGCUGAUGCUCAUGUACCCUGAAGCGGACAUUCCCGUCUGCCAGCUCUCGGUGCAGUCCAGCAGGGACGGCGCCCACCACUAUAAGCUCGGCCAGGCGCUCGCGCCGCUGCGGCACGAGGGCGUACUGAUCAUCGGCUCCGGUAGCGCCACCCACAACCUGCGGGAGCUACGCUUUGGCGAGACGCAGCAGCCGGCCAAGUGGGCGCUGGAUUUCACCAGGUGGCUCGAGGAGGCGCUCGUCGCAGGACGGCACGAAGACGUCAAUCGCUUCGAGGAGAAGGCCCCUUUUGCCAAGCACGCCCACCCCUGGCCGGAGCACUUCUUCCCACUCCACGUCGCUCUCGGCGCCGCCGGCGCCGACGCCCAGGCCACACUCAUCCAUGACAGCAUCUCUCUAGGGUCCCUCUCCUACGCAUCUUACCGCUUCUCCCCCAAACCGUAG